UGGUAUCGUGGGAUCACAGGAAGCGAGCCAGCUAGCCAAAACGCAACCGCCUUAAAGGGUGCAGUCUGAAUACUCGUGUACAUGCAUACUAAUGUGCGGUUUACAUGCAUAGCCUGUAGGGUGCAACGUCUGACCCCAAGAGCAACGGCCUUCUCUCCAUACCUACGUUGUGUGUAGCACUUCUGAAGACGUUGAUUAAUGAUACGAGCCAAAUACAUCCCUUUGCCUGCCAGCCAAAGUAGACAGUCGUACCUCUCCCAGUCUUGUAGACACGUUCGGCUGCGCAGGGCGAGUCUCGUCUCGAUGACCGGAAGCACCUCAGAACUGCCGCCCUCAACGGUGGAAUGCCUACGAGACGGCUGUACAAACGAGGCCGGGAAUUUGCAGUGCCCGACGUGUCUGAAACUAGGCCUGGAAAAGAGCUACUUCUGCUCCCAAGAUUGCUUUAAGCAGGCCUGGAACCAACACAAAUCCAUACAUAGAACGGCGCAAGCCCCGGCCCGAAACGGUACCGGCCACAGCCUCGCUCCCCAAGGGGGUAGUGGUUGUAAGCCGGAUUCCAUUACCGGAUUCUUCAACCCGUUCCCGGGCUUCUCGUUUACCGGCUCCGUCCGGCCCGUCUAUCCGUUGUCUGCGAAACGCACCGUCCCCAAGUCCAUCGCGCAACCGGACUACGCCGAUACUGGGAUCCCCAAAAGCGAGCAGCGCUUAAACCGAAAUAAAAUCGACAUAUUGGACGCUAAGGGGCAGGAGGGCAUGCGUAGGGCUUGCAGGUUAGCUCGGGAAGUGUUAGACCUCGUCGCCGCGGAGCUCAAGCCGGGGAUCACCACGGACUACCUGGACGAGGUGUGCCACAGAGCCUGCGUCGAACGGAAUUCGUAUCCCUCGCCUCUCAACUACAACCACUUCCCUAAAUCGCUGUGUACUUCGCCGAACGAAGUAGUCUGCCACGGGAUACCCGACCAGCGACUCCUGUUAGACGGCGACAUCCUCAACCUAGACAUCUCGCUAUACCACCAAGGCUACCACGCCGACGUCAACGGGACGUACUACAUAGGCGACCGGGCCAGGGCGGACCCGGACUCGGUCCGACUAGUCGAGACGACACGGGAGUGUCUGGAUAAGGCAAUUGCGCUCGUGAAGCCCGGGACGCCGCUCCGAGAGUUCGGCAACGUGAUCGAGAAGCACGCCGCGUCGCGAAACUGCCACGUCGUGAGGGUCUGGGGCGGCCACGGCAUCAACUCCGAGUUCCACCCGCCGCCGUGGAUCCCGCACUACGCCAAGAGCAAGGUGCCGGGGGUGUGCAAGCCCGGGAUGGCCUUCACCAUCGAGCCCAUCUUGGCGCUUGGGAAGCCUCACGAGGUGUAUUGGCCGGAUAACUGGACGAACGCCACAGUAGACGGCAAGCGGACGGCCCAAUUUGAACACACAUUGCUCGUCACAGAAACGGGCGUCGAGGUUUUGACGGCAGCAAACGAAAAUUCCCCGGGGGGGCCAAUACCUAUGCCGAUAAUAGCAGCCGGUGGGAGGAGUGGAGGGUGAUGGAAAACCCCAGCGAGUGGUUUGACGAUACAUUAUAGGUACUCUCGGUAGGUUCCUUAUCCUGUACAGGGCCUCUGCUGCAAUGUGGCCGGCAACCGAGGCGAACCUGAGGCGGUAACAUGGGCCGAGAACAUUGGCCUAGUAAGAUCCUUCGUAGUUAAGCACAUCCUGAACGAAUCAAGGAUGCCCGGAUCAAUAUGUUAGUUGAGUUCGUUUACACUAGGUCUAUUGUUUUUUGGGUUAACUUCUUGACUUAACAAGACUUGGCUCGUUACUGCGAUACCGACGACUUUGUCGGCCCUGCCCGCCAGACCACGGCCGCAUGCUUAAGAUGAUGAGAAUGGAGAGCGGCUAAUGUGUCAUCUUCCCCGUGUCACCCCCAAGUGGCCACAAGGCCUAUUCCCGAGACAGGAAAAUCUGUUGGUUGUCGUUAUGAGGAUGAAGGAGGAGGAUUGAUUGUUGGCGGAAAAAGUUGGCAGACCAGCAUGAAAAAAAAAUACCUAAGUUGCCGAGUCCAGUGGCGUCAUGUGACAAACCCUCCCGU